GCAUGACUUGAAGGUGUGUCAGUUUGUGGAAUUAGUCAAAAAGUGACUAAGUUCCCCCACCCUGUCUGAGGAGCAAUAAAACCUUUCUCUUUACAAAAGCUUAUACUGCACACUUGCACAGCACCAUCUCGCUGUCUCCCUAGCUCACAGCAAGGAGGCACAAGCCACAUCUGCAAGACAAAACAUUGCAAGCAAAAGAGUUAGUCAAUAUUUGAGCUGAAAGAUCUCACUGUUGAGUGCAAAGGUAUGUCAAAUAUAUGAGAUUUUGCUGUGCAAGAGCUGGACUUAACGUUGGACACGAUGUUUUUUCUCUGCUCUUUUGUGAAUUCCAGGGUGUGAAAGAGGUUGUGCACUGAACAUGAAAAGUGCCUCAAAUACUUUUGGAGUAGCUUUUCUGCAUCUUUCCUUUCAGGAAUUUCAUUUACCCACAAGAAAUCAGCAACCUAAGCCUGUCUACUGUUAGAUUUUUCCCUUAAUCACAAGUUGUGGACACCCUGAAGUGUCUGCCUGAAAUUUUAACUGGAAAGUAGUAGUAAUACAAGGCUUCUGGAGAUAAAGAACUCUGUAGAAGAUUACGAGAGAAGACUGAGAUUUAUUGUUGACAGGGGAGCAAAAUGAAGAGGCUGCCUCGUUGGUUAAUGGCCAGUCUGGCCUUGUUGCUGUUGGCCCUGACUGCCAUAUGUUCUGCAAACAGAAUAAACAGGUGUGUAGCUUCCAGAGCAAAGACCUGCACAGCAUGCAUCCGUGUGGAUGAAAUGUGCUCCUACUGCGCAGAUGAGGGCUUUGAACAUGUAAGAUGUAACCUUGUUGAAAAUUUGAUCAGCCAAGGAUGUGGUUACCGGAUAGAAAUGAAAAGUACAACUAGGUUCAUAGAGGCCAUUGAGAUUAAUGAAAGUCUGAAAAAGUCUCAAGUAUACCCCCAGAAGAUGUACAUGGAGCUACGUGCUGGAGCAGAAUAUAACUUCGAUGUUCAAGUGUUUGAACCCUUGGAAUCUCCAGUGGACCUCUACAUUUUGAUGGACUUCUCAAACUCUAUGUCUGAUGACUUGGAGAACUUAAAAAGGCUUGGGCAUAGUCUUGCAAAUGCAACAGAGAAGCUCUCCAAGGACUACACCAUAGGGUUUGGCAAAUUUGUGGACAAAGUUUCAGUUCCUCAGACAGACAUGAGACCUGCAAAGUUGAAUGAGCCAUGGCCGAAUAGUGACCCACCAUUUUCUUUCAAGAAUGUGAUUCCCUUAACUAGUGACAGUGACCGGUUUCGUCGAGAAUUACAAAAGGAGAAGAUUUCUGGAAACUUGGAUGCUCCUGAAGGUGGAUUUGAUGCUAUUCUGCAGGUGGCUGCUUGCAAGAACCACAUUGGAUGGAGGCAUGACAGUACCCACCUGUUAGUGUUCUCCACUGAGUCCGCCUUCCACUAUGAAGCAGAUGGAGCUAAUGUCCUGGAUGGGAUCCUCACUCGCAAUGAUGAAAAGUGCCACCUGGAUGCAAAUGGCACGUACACCCAUGACAUUCUGCAGGACUACCCAUCUGUUCCUACUUUAAUCCGAAUGCUAGGGAAAAACAACAUCAUCCCAAUUUUUGCUGUCACUGACUAUUCCUACAGCUACUAUGAGAAAUUGUAUAAGUAUUUCCCCAUUGCACACAUUGGACGUCUUGAAGAAGACUCUUCCAAUUUAAUUGAACUCCUUACUGACGCUUUUAAGGAAAUUCGCUAUAAAAUGGAAAUGCAUGCUGAUUAUGUUCCCAAGUCGAUGGAUGCCAAAAUUUGGUCUACGAAAGCAAAGCAGACAGAUGAAAGCACCUUUGUAGUAAAUCCAGGAGAACGGGGAGAGUUUAAGGCAAGAGUGAAAGCCAAAGAAGAGGCAUCACCGGGGAAACAUGUAUGUGAGCUUCCUGCUUCUGAUCAACAGGGUCGUAUACUGAUCAAACCAAGCACCUUCCCUAAUGGUCUUGAGAUUGAUGCUUCAAUCAUCUGUCGUGCAUGCCCAUGUGAAGAGUCAAAAGAGAUCAGCUCCCCAAAGUGCAACUACCAUGGAGAUAUGGUCUGUGGAGAGUGUGUCUGUCAUCCUGGCUGGCUUGGAGCAAACUGCAACUGCUCUAAUGCUAAUUCUGCUGAAACACUGCCAUGUAUACGCCCUGGAACACAGGAACCUUGCUCUGGUCGUGGGAAAUGCCUUUGUGGCAAAUGCCAUUGCAUUUCUGAAAAUCCACUGGAAAAGUAUGAAGGAGAGUUCUGUGAAUACAGCAACUUCCAGUGUGAACGCAAUGCGGGAUUUCUUUGUAAUGACCGAGGUCGUUGUCUCUUGGGACAAUGUGUCUGUGACCUAGGAUGGACAGGCACUGGUUGUCAGUGUCCAACCAGUAAUGUCACCUGCAUCGACAGCCGAGGGGGACUCUGUAAUGGAAGGGGGACAUGUGAGUGUGGAAAAUGUGAAUGCACAGAUCCAAUGUUUUCUGGAACCAAUUGUGAACCUACAGAUAUGGCACGCUUGCUGGGAAUGUGUGAAGAGAGCCGCACCUGUGUCCAGUGCUGGGGAUGGAACACUGGUGAGAAGAAAGGAGAGAAGUGUAAGGAAUGUACUGUUAACAUGCAGUUUGUUGAUGAACUGAAAGAAGUGAAUGAUGGAGACGAAUACUGCGAGUUCCGUGAUGAGGAUGAUGACUGCACCUUUCACUACAACAUAGAACGAAAUCCAAUACAUCAAAAUGUCACCAUCCUGGUCCUAAAGAAGAAAGAUUGUCCUCCCGGUGGCUUUUUGUGGCUUAUCCCACUGCUGAUUUUCCUGAUGUUACUGCUGGGACUGUUAGCACUGCUCUGCUGGAAGUACUGUGCCUGCUGUAAAGCCUGUUUGGCAUUGUUGCCAUGUUGCCCUAAAGGUCGCAUGGUUGGCUUCAAAGAGGAUCACUACAUGUUACGACAGAGCCUCCUAACAUCAGAUCACCUGGACACACCAAUGGUACGCACGGGACCCUUAAAAGGCAGUGACCAUGUUGUCUGGAAAAUCAAUGACAAUGUUCAUCGCUCUGCUACUUACCCUCAGACAAUCAACCCCAAAGAGAUCGUUCAGUAUCUCAUUUCCCUGAGAUUGACACGACUCUUCACAGAAAACCUUUCCAAGCCAGAUAACCGAGAGUCAGAUCUUCUGAAGAAGGAGGUGGAGGAGAAUCUGAAUGAAAUCUACAAACAGAUUCCAGGAGCCCAGAAACUUCAGCGAACUAAAUUCAGGUUGCAGCCAAACUCUGGAAAGAAGCAUGAUCAUACGAUUGUUGAUACAGUGCUUGCUGCUCCUCGUGCAGCACAACAGGAUAUUGUGAAUGUAACAGAGAAAAAUGUAAGCCUGCAAGCCUUUAAUGAGCUGAAGGUUUCUCCUGGCUACUACACUGUGGCAUCAGACAAAGAUGCCCAGGGAAUGGUUGAGUUUCAGGAAGGCGUUGAAUCAGUGGAUGUUCGUGUUCCGCUUUUCAUUAAAGAUGAAGAUGAUGAUGAGAAACACCUUCGUGUAGAGGCAGUGGAUGUCCCAUUUGGGAUAGCAGAGAUUGGCCGGAGAUUUGUCAAUAUCACUGUGAUUAAGGAACAAGCCAAAAACAUCAUAUCCUUUGUUCAGCCGGCAUACACCUAUAACCGCCAUGACAAAGUGGCAAAGAUCCCCAUAAUUCGUGAUAUUAUUGAGGAUGGACGUACCCAGAUCACCUAUCGAACUCGUGAUCUGACUGCAAAAGAUGGAAAGGAUUACCAGUUUACUGAGGGUGAUUUAAUCUUCCUGCCGGGGGAGACUAGAAAGGAAGUCCCAGUAAAACUAUUGGAACUGACAGAAAUGGACAACCUUCUGGAUGGUCGUGUUGUGAAGCAGUUUGCCAUGGAUCUCUCCAACCCCAGGUUUGGCGCAAAGAUUGGCAAAUAUCCACGCACCACCGUCACCAUUGCAGACACUCAUGAGCCUGGUCUUGUCUUGUUCAAGAAGGCCUUUCAGCAGUUUUCCCCUUAUGAUACCCAGUAUCCCAUACCAGUGAUUCGAACCAAAGGCCAGGAUGGGCCCGUAGUCGUUCACUGGAAGACGCUGUCUGCUGAUCGAAGUACUCCCUCCUGCUAUGCUGGCCAGAGUGGCAUCUUGAGAUUUAAUGAUGGAGAAACGGAGAGGAACAUCGUAUUUGAUACAGCAAAAGGGCAUUCACCGCUGAAGCCAGAAAGCUUUCAGGUGGUCAUGCAUAGCCCAGAGGGUGGAGCUGAGCUGGGUGAGAGGCAAGCUACCCUUGUAACUAUACUACCAGAGGAAAACAUAGAACAAAUGCAACCCAACCAGGCCUUGCCAAACUUGCAGUCACCUAAAGUCAAGCCAUCUGUUCCUACCAAUGUCACUGCCCAAUCUGUGGAUCCUAGAAAAAUACGGAUGCUGUGGGCACCACCAGCUGGCAAACCCACCGGGUACAAGGUUAAGUACUGGAUUGAAGGAGAUCCUGAGGCAAAUGCACAUAUUAUAGACACAAAGAACCCACCAGUGGAACUCACAGAUCUGUAUCCCUACUGUGACUAUGAGAUGCGUGUAUGUGGUUACAACUCAUUGGGAGAAGGGCCUUAUUCUAAUAUUGUGCGAUGUCGAACUCUGGAAGAUGUUCCAAGUGAACCUGGACGUCUAGCCUUCAACGUCAUUUCCUCGACUGUGACGCAACUCAGCUGGGCAGAGCCUGCAGAGCCCAAUGGAGAAAUUACAGCCUAUGAAGUUUCAUACGCACCCGUCAAUGAGGAAAACCAACUCAUUGGACCAAGAAAGAUGAUAAAUAUCAAUGAUCCAAAGAAAAGGAUGGUGCUGAUUGAGAAUUUACAAGAAACACAACCUUAUUGCUAUACAGUGAGAGCCAAAAAUAGAGUUGGUUGGGGUCCGGAAAAAGAGGCGACCAUGAACCUAGCCACACAGCCAAAACGACCCAUGUCAAUCCCUAUAAUUCCUGAUGUGCCCAUCAUUGAUGCUGAAGGUAAUGAGGAAUAUGAAAAUUAUCUGAUGUACAGCACAGAUGUACUCCGUUCCCCUGGUGCAGGCGCCAAGAGACCUAGCGUUGCAGAUAGUUCUGGCUCACAAUGGAACUUUGUCCACGUGCUGGGUGACGAUCUAGACCUCCGCAAGAUCAGAUGGAGACUGCCUGCAGAAGAGAUCCCCCGAUAUUCAGACUCCAGCUGCUUUUCUUCAGAUGCUGAGAUGGGAGCACACAGCAGUAGCCUCUCUGCAUAUUCGGACAGUGACACAUCUAGCUACACACCAGGAAAUGAGAACAGGAAGAGAAGAGGGACCGCCAGGCCACAGCAAGAUAACUUUGCUGAUGGUCGGUAUGAGUUUAACUUUCCUGGUGGAGGAGGCACCAUGACCAAAACAAUUACUACAAACUACAGGCAGGGGACUCCCAAUGUGCACAGCCAGAUGGCAACGAUUGGAGGAACAUCCGUAACUAAGGAGUAUAUGACCAACAUUAUGUCUGGGCCAGCACUGGGGUGGCCACUGCCCUAUGAAGACAAGCAUGCUGGGAGACAGUUCCUGCCAAUACCGAAUGUGGUUUACAGGAGGCAGGCACGGGUGAAGGGUUUCCGUCGCAUCAGUGGUGUUCAAGACUCUGUAAUCAUGGCUGAUGAUCCCAUUGGGAUCCUCUUAGGACAUAUAGAUCCUCGGCUACCACCUGGAGUUCCAGACACCCCCACUCGUCUGGUCUUCUCAGCAUUGGGACCCACUUCUUUGAAAGUCAGCUGGCAAGAGCCGCAGUGUGAAAAACAAGUGCUGGGAUACCAAGUCUUAUACCACCUUCUCAGUGGAGGGGAUAUGAAAAGAAUUGAUGUUCCAAAAAGUAGUGAGAACUCUGUAGUGGUUGACAGCCUGCUUCCCAAUCACUCCUACAUGUUUAAAGUGAAAGCUUAUAGUGAUGAGGGGUGGGGCCCUGAACGUGAGGGAGUUAUCACAAUUGAGUCACAAGUUGACCCUCAAAGUCCACUCACCCCUGUACCAGGGUCUCCUUUUACUCUGAGCACACCUAGUGCCCCUGGUCCUCUGGUAUUCACUGCCCUGAGCCCUGACUCACUGCAGUUAAGUUGGGAGAAACCCCGCAAGCCCAACGGAACUAUUCUGGGCUAUAUGGUCACCUGUGAAACGUUGCAUGGUGGAGGUGAUGCACGAACAUUCUUUGUGGAAGGAGACAGUGCUGAAACCACACUGACUGUUCCAGAUCUGAAUGAAAAUGUGCCUUAUAAGUUCAAAGUACAGGCAAAAACCACACAAGGAUUUGGUCCUGAACGAGAGGGGAUCAUCACUAUUGAAUCACAAGAUGGAGGUAAUUUGUCGCAGUUCAGCAACCAACAAAUCACAAGAAGAGAGGUUUUCAACAUCCCAGGAGAAAUGACUACUAAAACCACUGUCACACAUACAACCUUUGAAGAUCCCAUGUUUUCUGAUGGAAUGAUGAUGAUGACGGGCCAAAGGAUGGAAGGUGGCUCAACCAUCACCAAGCAAGUCGUCACCAAAACCAUGGUGUCUGGUGGGACAGUAACAAAACAGACUGAGCGCAAGUUCUUUGAUGCCUAACAUACUUCACUCAGCAAGCUUUCUGCACAUUCUUUACACUGUUUUAACCUUUUUUUUUUUUUUAUUUUGUGAAGACAAAAAUGACGCAAAUGACUUACUUCACUGACUCGACUACUGCCACUGCCAAAGCCAGACAAAAUGGAGUAUUAGAAUGGCAGUAGAAGGUCACUGCUGCAUACUACCUGCUUUCUUCCUGAAUGGGGAUAUUAGUCUUUUAGCUUAAAGGUGAGAAGCAGCCUGUAAUAUAUUCAGCACUGCUGCAGAUGAUGUGAAAGGUGCCAUGUUCAAAUGAAGCCUUUUGGGAAGAAAAGAAAAAAAAUGCCAUUCUACCUUCCUCAAUGUCUAAGAAGAAGAAGAAAAAUGGCAUUACUGUUCUUGACCUUAGCAGUUUUUUACUGUGUGGCACAAUGCAGAAAUCAGUUACAUUGCCUCUUUAAGCAGACAGCAAGGAAGACUGACAGGCAUGUGAACAGGUUAAGGACAGAACAAUAAAGGUGAAAUUAAAGUAUAGGAUGAUAUACAGUGUGCAAAUAGAAAAGGAACUGUAACAUUGAAAGUAUGUAAGGAAGCAGCCUGCCACUACCAUGCAUGUUGUUUGUUGUUUGUGGAAUGUUUUACUUUGUAUGCAGAAAUAUGCCUUACUCCAGCCACUGAACAAUAGUUAGAAGUGGCACUUUCCAAAGCACAUGUUCAAAAAAAUUGCAAGCAAAAGCAGGUAAAAAAUAUUUUAUACCUACAACUUUGGUAUUUUCUGAGCAAACAAAUUCCUUGAAAAACACAGCACAGACAGAGUAAUGAAAGUCUGGCCAGAAAAGCAAAAAUUACUGUAGCCUGCUGGAUCAGAGAUGGAUACAGAAUUCAAUUAAACAGUCAUAAUGCAGAGUAAGAAUAUUUUUAUUUAUGUUGUACUACUGUUCUCACAUUCACUUUUUUAUACUGAAAAGUUGUUUUGGCAUUUAGACUUCUUUACCCAUUUCUUAAUGUGAAAAUAAAAAAAAAAAAAGCUUGCUGCCGCUUUUCAUGUUUUCCUGUCUUGAUGCCAUGGAAAAUCUUAUUUUUUCAUUUUACAUUGUA